AUACAUUAGUGUACAUAUACAGGUACACGUGUCAAAAUAAUUUUAUUAUUUUCAAAAUUUCCUGAGACUAGGCGUAUACACCGCAAUACACUUAUGAUAUCUAUAGUUUUAUCACUCAACAUGUUGAUUAUAUUAUUUAUUUGUAAAAUACUAUGUACAUUGAUUACUUUGCCCAUUUUAUUGGUAACAUGGAGAAGGCUGUACUCGAAAAAGCGAUCAGAAAGGUCCCGCAAGGAAAUUGUUGUUGGCAUCUUUCAUCCAUAUUGUAAUGCAGGAGGUGGUGGUGAAAGAGUACUUUGGGCUGCGGUUAGUGCCAUACAAACUAGGUAUCCAGAUAUACACAUAAUAAUUUACACUGGAGAUCUUGAUGCUGAUCCAGAACAAAUUCUCAAUAAAGUGGAAAAAGUAUUUAAUCUUAAAAUUCAACAUAAACUUGAGUUUGUAUACUUGCAUAAACGCAAAUGGGUGGAAGCUUCAAUGUAUCCCUAUUUUACCCUUUUGGGUCAAAGUUUAGGAUCAGUUUAUUUGGGCAUUGAAGCUUUAAAUAGCUUUGUACCAGAUAUUUACAUUGAUACUAUGGGUUAUGCAUUUACAUACCCAUUAUUUAGAUAUAUUGGGGGAUGUCGAGUAGCAUCAUACACUCAUUAUCCUACAAUUUCAACCGAUAUGUUGAGGCAUGUUUACAGAAGAGUUAUUUCGCAUAAUAAUAGACGAGUCAUAGCUAGAAAUCCAUUUUUAUCUGCAGCCAAAAUUGUUUACUAUAAAUUGUUUGCAUUUAUGUAUGGUUUGGCUGGCAGUAGUGCAGAAAUUAUUAUGGUGAAUUCUUCAUGGACUGAAGAACACAUCAAUGCCAUUUGGAAGUGUCCAUUGAAAACUCAUAGGAUUUAUCCACCAUGCGAUGUGAAGCACUUGACAGAAUUACCACUUCUUAGUGAUGAAGAGAAGAGCAAUAACAUUCGUAUAGUGUCAGUUGCACAAUUCAGACCAGAAAAGAAUCAUCCAUUAAUGUUAAGAGGAAUGUAUGAACUUAGGUCAAUCAUUGAAGAAAAAGUUUGGGACAAGAUUCGUCUAAUUCUCAUCGGUUCUUGUCGAGAUGCGAAUGAUGAAAUGCGUGUUAAAGACAUGCAGGAUUUAUCUAAACACUUUGCAUUAGACGAAAACGUGGAAUUUAAACUGAAUAUACCAUAUUCCGAGCUUAUAUCAGAACUUCAACAGGCAACAAUAGGAUUGCAUACUAUGUGGAAUGAACAUUUUGGUAUCAGUGUAGUUGAAUGCAUGGCAGCAGGAUUAAUUGUUGUGGCUCAUGCUUCUGGGGGUCCAAGAGCUGAUAUAAUAGAAAUGCAACCAGGAUCGCAAAAUGGUUUUUUGGCUGAAGAAGCAGAAGAGUAUGCAAGAAUAAUUUUACAUAUUAUUAAUAUGCGUCCAGAAGACAGAAAUACUAUUAAAAUGGCUGCUAGAGCAUCCGUAAGCCGAUUUUCAGACGAAGUAUUUGAAAGAGAAUUCUUACGAACUAUAGAACCAUUUUUCAGACAAAAACAGGAAUGA